AUGGAACUGAAGCUAACUCUACUAGGGAUCCUCUCCUCUUGCCAUGCAAAUGGAACGGAGUACGAACUUUCGGUGGUGGAUGAGGAAGUGUUCAGCAGUUGUCAGGAUGUUGCUCCCGGCACUCUGGACAUAAAUGGCCUUUUGGAUUUGUCGGAAUUCUCAACUACCUUGGAUGCUGAUGGAGUGACUGUUAGCGGAAACACGACUUUGGUGUGGGACAUCCAAAUGGAGGAUCGCGUAACGCUGUCUAUUAAGCUUCUCUUUGAUCGAGGCUCCUGGAUGCCGACAGUGUUCUCUUUGGUUAUAAAGGAUUUCUGUAAGUCCAUGUACGACGAAAAUCAGAUGUGGUAUAAAGUCUGGACCCAACAUAUUAAAAACGACAUUAAGGAUAAAUGUGUUAAUAUUCCUGGGACAAAAAUUAUGUUGGACAUAAUGCUAAGCUUGACGGCUACAACCACGGGACCAUUUCGUCUAGGUCGCUAUAAAGCCAUUGUUAUGUUCCACGCUUACGAUUUUUCCGGGGUCGAGAGGCCAACUCGCAUAUGCUUUGAAAUAUUGGGCGACGUAUAUAAAGUCAAGAAGUAA